ACGGCGCUGAUCCUGACUGGCCAUUGUUAGUAGCCAUUAAAAGAGGGCACCUGCAUGUGGUUAAAACGUUGCUGGAAAAUGGCACAGAUGCAAAUUGCAGGGAAAGCUGCUGCAUGCAGGUAUUGUCUUCUGCCAUACACCAUGAGGCUAUAUUCAGGUUACUACUUGAGCAUGGUGCCGACUCCAAAGCUCGGGAAGAAGGCGAAUUCUUUUUAAUUACUGCUAUCACAUCCGGGCAGGAAGCGGUGAUCCAAAUAUUAUUAAAUUUUGGAUUGACAAUGAGCAACAUAAGGGAUCCCAUACACUGGAGCAACCGGGGGAACUGACUUGCUCGAAUUUCUUCAGCAGUCGACCAUGCGUAUCGUGGGUCAACUGACGGGCGCCCAUGCU